UAUGUAAAUUUAGGAUUUGUACUGGCCACGUAGCUUCCUGAACGUGGCGUGCUCACUAGCAGUUCUUGUAUAGCUGAAAUCAGUGACAGGAUAAAUUCCCGCCCCUUCAGAAAUCCAAACAAAACUCACGUCUGGUAGAGUAAACUGAGGAUUUGCUAACGUCCCACAAUGAUUUGCAUCUUGCUGGUUGCAGGGCACGGGACGCUUCUGGAAGAGCAAAUAAAGAGUGACACAUCAGGCCUAUACAGACAUUUAAGUGGAAUUCCAAAAGCCCUUCUGCCAGGUCUAGGGGGAAAGAAGAUUUUAGAUUUCUGGUGGGAAAUAGUAAACACGAGGCAACUGUUCAGUGAAGUUUAUCUGGUCACGAAUGCUGACAAGUUCAAGCACUAUGAACGCUGGGCUACUGCUAACAACUUCCCAGUGGAGAACAUCAUUAAUGAUGGCACAACCACUUAUGAGAAAAGACUAGGAGCAGUAGCUGACCUGGAACUAGUGAUUCAGAGUCGACACCUUCAGGAUGACAUUAUGGUGAUUGCAGGAGAUAUGCUUUGUGCAGAUCAGAAAUUUGAUAUUGCUCAGGUCCUUCGUUUCUUUAAGAUGAGAGAAGGUGAACUGGCAAUUUAUUACGAGAUGGAAAAUGAUGAGGAAACAACAUCACGGGGGAUAGUGGAAGUGUGUCCUGACACUCACAGGAUUAUAAAAUUUUAUGAAAAACCUGUUGCAGGAAUCACCAACUCAAGGCUGGCUAGUGUGGUGUUUUACUGCUUACGAAAAGACACAUUGCCCUCCAUUAGUGAAUUUCUUCAUCUGAAGGAGAAUGUUAAUGACAGAGUUCUGGGGAAGUACCUGCAAUGGUUAAUAAAUGAAUUAAAUGUUUCAGUAAAUGGAAUGAAGCUGCCAACAGGUUUUCAGUUAAUUGGGCAAGUGGGGUUGUCUGACUAUACCAAAUGGCUGACUCAUUAUGCUACUAAAUAUCAUGGGACUCCUGGUAAAUCAAUCACUCACCGGUCAUAUGCAAGGAUUGGAAUCAUGGGAAAUCCUUCUGAUGGAUUUCACGGUAAAACCAUUGCCAUGACCAUUGCUAACUUUUGGGCAGAAGUCACUCUCACUGAAAGCCAGACUCUUGAGUUACUGCCUCAUCCUUUAAAUGAUCCUACUAGAUUUGGAAGCCUGCAGGAUCUUUAUUAUAUCAGCAGGAAGGAAGGAUACUUUGGGGGACUAAGACUGCUUCAAGCCACAUGUAAAAAGUUUUACCAGUUUUGUUCCAAAGAAGGAAUUGCUUUGACCAAACAAAACUUCACCCUCCAGUAUGAUACCAACAUUCCGCGUCAGGUGGGCCUGGCUGGUAGCAGUGCAAUUGUGUCUGCCACAUUGAAGUGCCUCAUGGAUUUUUAUAACCUCACUGAUCAGGAUUUGCCAAUGCCAAGGCAAGCAAACUUUGUCCUUGACGUGGAGAGCGAUGAACUGUUCAUCACCGCAGGACUCCAGGACCGAGUUGUGCAGAUAUAUGAGGGACUCAUUUACAUGGACUUCAGCAAGGACCUAAUGGAUAAGCAAGGAUAUGGAAAUUAUGUUUCAAUGGAUAUGAGCUGCCUUCCUCAUUUUUGGCUUGCAUAUCUGGGUGAUCCUAGUGAUUCUGGAAUGAUUCACAGCAAUGUUCGACAGCGAUGGUUAAAUGGGGAUCCUGAAGUUGUUGCAGCUAUGAAAACUUUUGCUGAUCUUACAGAUAAAGCAAAGGAAGCUCUUGAAAAGAGAAACUGGGAAACUCUUGUAGAUCUGAUGAAUCAGAACUUUGAUUUGAGGAGACAGUUGUAUUCAGAUGAGUGCCUUGGUGAAGGGAACUUGAAAAUGGUAAAAAUAGCAAGAGAGUUUGGCUCUGCAGUGAAGUUUCCAGGCAGUGGAGGAGCAGUAACCGGGCUUUGUCUCAAUCCAGAUAAUAUGGUGGCACUGAAGAGAGCGCUGCAGGAGGCUGGCUGUGUUUUCUGCCAUAUUGUGCCCUUCAAUCCUUCUGAAACCAAUGAGUCAUAAUGAAGUUACAUACUUACUUUCUUAUUUUCCUUUAAUUUAUUUACAAUGAAAUAGUAUGAUGGGUGUGAAAACAUUUAUGCGGGUACUAUUUACACCGGUUAUGAUUCUGUAAAAUAUUAAACUAAAUGCCUGAAUAUGUUUUAAGUACAAACUUAAGUAAAACUUUUAGAUAUGGUUUACAAGCCAUUUUCCAAAAGCAGGGUAAACUUUUAUAGCUGCCCUUUCUACUUCCAUUUUCAUGCUCUAGACCCUUACAAAAGCAAUUAAAAAGACUAAAAUUAAACAAAUGUUCUGAAACUAGUUGAAGGAUUUGUUAUGGGAGCAUAAUUUUUAACUUGACUUUAUGUUGUGAUGGGAAAAAUUAUUAUGAAUGUAGCAGUUCAUUAAAUAAAAGAGAUAGUGGGGACAUGGCAGGGGACCUCUGUUUUUCAAAUAAAAAAGAUCAGAAUGGUCGAUUUUCUUGAAAUGUUAGAUUUAGUCUGUGGUAGAGUCUGACUUCUAGGUUGGAGAAGGAGGAGUAUUAACAAAGUUAACAGGAUGUUCAUGAGACAUUCAGGAACAGUCAAACAUCUUCAGUUAUUCUGCACAUCUGUUGAUGAAGCAUUGCUGAAAAAGAUGUACAGAUCUAUCCAUCCAUCCAUCCAUUUACCAACCCGCUGAAUCCGAACACAGGGUCACGGGGGUCUGCUGGAGCCAAUCCCAGCCAACACGGCACAAGGCAGGAAACAAUCCUGGGCAGGGCGCCAACCCACCGCAGGACACACACAAACACACCCACACACCAACCACACACUAGGGCCAAUUUAGAAUCGCCAAUCCACCUAACCUGCAUGUCUUUGGAAUGUGGGAGGAAACCGGAGCGCCCGGAGGAAACCCACGCAGACACGGGGAGAACAUGCAAACUCCACGCAGGGAGGACCCGGGAAUCGAACCCAAGUCCCCAGAUCUCCCAACUGCGAGGCAGCAGCGCUACCCACUGCGCCACCGUGCCGCCUGUACAGAUCUAUUUUUAAAAAAAUCUAUCCAUCCAUCCAUCCAUUUUCCAACCCGCUGAAUCCGAACACAGGGUCACGGGGGUCUGCUGGAGCCAAUCCCAGCCAACACAGGGCACAAGGCAGGAAACAAUCCUGGGCAGGGUGCCAACCCACCGCAGGACACACACAAACACACCCACACACCAAGCACAAUGAAACCAGCGGUUAUGA